AGGAGAUCCGCUCGCACACACGAGGAGGGUUGAGCCGCCGCCGCCGUCGUCGUCGCCGCGAGUGCGGAGUCGGGACUGGGGCUGCUACCGCGGCGACGCCGGGAAUUGUGUCGCUAGUUCCUGGGCCUUCUGCCUCGCCGUCUCGCCUGGGUCAGCGCGACCUGCUCCUCCCCGGGCGGUCGCCCCCGCCUCCAUUUCCCGCCCUCUCUUCGCCAUACACACGGCCCCCCCGAUCAUGGAUCCGGGCAGCGGCGGCGGCGGCGGUGGCGGCGGCGGCGGCGGGAGCAGCAGCAGCAGCGACUCGGCGCCCGACUGCUGGGAUCAGGCGGACAUGGAAGCCCCCGGGCCCGGCCCGUGCGGCGGCAGCGGCGGGUCCCUGGCGGCGGCGGCGGCGGCCGAGGCCCAGCGUGACCACCUCAGCGCGGCCUUCAGCCGGCAGCUCAACGUCAACGCCAAACCUUUCGUGCCCAACGUCCACGCCGCGGAGUUCGUACCGUCUUUCCUGCGGGGCCCGGCCCCGCCGCCGCCAGCCCCGGCUGGCGCCGCCGGCAACAACCACGGAGCGGGCAGCGUCGCGGGAGGCCCUUCGGCACCUGUGGAAUCCUCUCAAGAGGAACAGUCAUUGUGUGAAGGCUCCGUUUCAGCUGUUAGCAUGGAACUUUCAGAACCUGUUGUAGAGAACGGAGAGACAGAAAUGUCCCCAGAAGAAUCAUGGGAGCACAAAGAAGAAAUAAGUGAGGCAGAGCCAGGGGGUGGCUCCCUGGGAGAUGGAAGGCCACCGGAGGAAGGUGCCCAAGAAAUGAUGGAGGAGGAAGAGGAAAUGCCAAAGCCCAAAUCUGUAGCUGCGCCUCCUGGUGCCCCUAAAAAAGAACAUGUAAAUGUAGUGUUUAUUGGGCAUGUAGAUGCUGGCAAGUCAACCAUUGGAGGCCAAAUAAUGUAUUUGACUGGAAUGGUUGAUAAAAGGACACUUGAGAAAUAUGAAAGAGAAGCUAAAGAAAAAAACAGAGAAACUUGGUACUUGUCUUGGGCCCUAGAUACAAAUCAGGAAGAACGAGACAAAGGUAAAACAGUCGAAGUGGGUCGUGCCUACUUUGAAACAGAAAAGAAGCAUUUCACAAUUCUAGACGCCCCUGGCCACAAGAGUUUUGUCCCAAAUAUGAUUGGUGGCGCCUCUCAAGCUGAUUUGGCUGUGCUGGUCAUCUCUGCCAGGAAAGGAGAGUUUGAAACUGGAUUUGAAAAAGGAGGACAGACAAGAGAACACGCAAUGUUGGCAAAGACAGCAGGUGUAAAGCACUUAAUUGUGCUUAUUAAUAAGAUGGAUGACCCAACAGUGAAUUGGAGCAACGAGAGAUAUGAAGAAUGUAAAGAGAAACUAGUGCCAUUUUUGAAAAAAGUUGGCUUCAAUCCCAAAAAGGACAUUCACUUUAUGCCCUGCUCAGGACUGACUGGAGCAAAUCUCAAAGAGCAAUCAGAUUUCUGUCCUUGGUACAUUGGAUUACCAUUUAUUCCAUAUCUGGAUAAUUUGCCAAACUUCAAUAGAUCAGUUGAUGGACCAAUCAGACUGCCGAUUGUGGAUAAGUACAAGGAUAUGGGCACUGUGGUCCUGGGAAAGCUGGAAUCGGGAUCUAUUUGUAAAGGCCAGCAGCUAGUGAUGAUGCCGAACAAGCACAACGUGGAAGUUCUUGGAAUACUUUCUGAUGAUGUAGAAACUGAUUCUGUAGCCCCAGGUGAGAACCUGAAAAUCAGACUCAAAGGAAUUGAGGAAGAAGAGAUUCUUCCAGGAUUCAUCCUUUGUGAUCUUAAUAAUCUUUGCCAUUCUGGACGCACAUUUGAUGCCCAGAUAGUGAUUAUAGAGCACAAAUCCAUCAUCUGCCCAGGGUACAAUGCGGUGCUGCAUAUUCAUACCUGUAUUGAGGAAGUCGAGAUAACAGCCUUAAUCUGCUUGGUAGACAAAAAGUCAGGAGAGAAAAGCAAGACUCGGCCCCGUUUUGUGAAACAAGAUCAAGUGUGCAUUGCCCGUCUUCGGACAGCAGGAACCAUCUGCCUUGAGACCUUUAAGGACUUCCCUCAGAUGGGUCGUUUUACCUUAAGAGAUGAGGGUAAGACCAUUGCAAUUGGAAAAGUUCUGAAACUGGUUCCAGAAAAAGACUAAGCAUUUUUUGAUGACCCUGCACAAUACUGUGAGAAAAAUUGACUGCAAAAGCCUACUUCACACCGCCUUCUCUUAUUUUCUGCCCAUUGAUAAACCUCUCCCCAUAUUUUGCAAAGGAAAAAUUCACAGCAAAAGUCCACAUUAUGUCAGCUUUCUCAUAUUGAGAGCUCUGCUAUGCCACUGUUGAAUUUCCCCCGAGAUCCCCCUGCCCCCUUCAAACUUUGCUCCCUUGGGCAGAUUUGGCAAUAGCUUUGUAAGUGAUGUGGACAGAAUUGCCUAUAAUAAUGAGAACCGACAGGAAUUUUUUUAUUUCUCAUUUUCCCCUGAGGUAUAUUCAGUCCUUUUCCCCAGGCAGAUCAUUCUGAGUGCGUGUGUGUGUGUGUGUGCACAUGUUACAAAGACAACUACCAUGUUAAUAAACUAUUCAAUUUGAAAACCCUUUUCGGUAUUUGAAUUGCUUUUGAAUAAUAUUUUUUAUCUGGAUGUAACAUUGUUGCAUUGACUUUGUAACUUUCCCAAGUAACUGAAGACAUUUUAUUGCUCUGACUUUUCUAAAUUCUCCCUUCCUACUACUUUGAGGCAUUUACAAAAACAAUGGUCAAGUUUGUAUUAAAGGAAGAAUUAGUUGCACCCCUUCUUUUGAUGACCAGUGCAUACGUAACAAUUAAAUACUUUAUGCGGCUGUGACACUGCUUUACUGGGUUUAUCAGUUAUUUUCUGCCAAUUUACAUUUUAACUUGCUUUCCUAAACACAGUUGACAUUGUUAAGAAAACAGUAAAGUUUAAUGAAAUUGUGCCCCUACAGAAAAUUCCACCAACAUUAAACUAGUGGGAUUUACAUAGAGCAAGCCUGCUGAGGCCUGGCAGAAAUGCCGCUCUUAGUAUUUAUCAGAGCUGCAUGCGUGUGUUCAUGAAGCGUGUAACUGACAGGUGCCACUUCGGUAAGAUGCUCAGUGUAUUCUUACUGUCACUAACUGUAAAGGUUGGGUGAGCCUCGCUGAUCAAAGCUGAAUCUCAGUCCAGUGACUUAACGAAGACACACUGGGAGUGACGAGAAUUCUGCACAGACUAUAAUUAGCAGUGAGAAGUAGACUCACGCACAGUAUACAGUUUUUAAUUCUCAAUUAUUUGAAAUGGCUGAGUUUGCUUAAGGCUAACGGUGAAGUUUGCUAACUAACCGUGAUGGAGUUGAGCCACAGUGAAGCGCUGUGGCGCUUUUUAGAUCGAAAGCUUUCUGCCGUAGUUGUCAUGACUCGGAAAUCUUUCCUAAGAGUACACGGGGAAAGGAAGACACACUCGCUGAGCUUACUGGAAGCACCCUGAUGUUUAGGAUUGCCAUGUACUGAAGACUUGGCCUCUUGUAGAUUGUGAUUUCUUGCUAAAUAAGAUUCUUUGUGUGUUUAAUGACAGCUCGCGUCCCUGUAAUCUUCUCCUCAGAAAAGCCUAGUCAGACUAUAUUCUAGUCAUAAAAUUUAAUCCAAUAGUCUGUAGUCUUCUUACUAUGAAUUCCGUUCAUUUCAUGAAUGAGACCACAUCUUACAGACAAAGCUGUCCUUCGGCUUCUUAAAACUCUACUAGUGCUAAUAAAUUGCAUGAGAUUUUCAUUAUGUCCACCAAUCUCGGGGCUUUUAUUUUUCUGGGAAGUAGGGGAGCUUUGGUCAGAACUUCAUAAUUCUUUUGUACUUCCAUGUUGGUAAGAAUAAAUACUAGCAGUUACUUGAAUUCUCAUCUUUAAAAGUUCAAGUCAUUGAAAUGAUUUCCAGAUAGAUUGCCCUUUUCAAACUGAACACAUUUUUAGAAUCCACUUAUGUUUGCUAUCAAAACAUUUACAGUUAGAAUAUAUGUGCAUGUUGCCAAGACUAAGUAAAACCACCUGGAAGGGUCUACCUCUAAAAAACAGCAUGACACGUAUACAAAUUUAAUUAUAAAAAAAUUUCAGUGGAUUUGUGCGCAUUUGUGAAAUGCCCCAUGGGCUUUGAAAUUAAAAAAUACUUCCAUUUAAAUUUGAUGCAUUUUAACUCCGGUUACCCCCACCAGUCAUUUGGAUAGGAAAUCAGCAGUGUGCGCAGAUAUUAGGCCUUUGAAACGCGAUGCGAAUUCCCAUGCUGUCAUUCUGCCUUCUGCAAGUGUGAACGUGUUGGCGUGGUUGACCGUGCAAAAAUAGGUAGAUAACUGGCUUCAGUUAGAAUUUACAAACUUAAACAUGUCUUCCUGUCUUUAACAUAAAUAUAUUAGCCAGGAUCCUCUCUGCAUCCUUUCACAUUAACAAUAUUUUUUAUCAACUUUCAUGUUAGAUUAUUUAUAGGUCAUUAAACUGAAUUUUAAAUAUGUAAAUGCUGUUUUAUACCCUAUUCCUACUGUGGGAGAAGGGAAAAUUGAGCAUUUGUUUUUAAUUUGCAAAAAGAACUUACCCAGUGAAAUUCUGUUAAAAAUGAAACAAUGAGGUGGGCUUGAAUGUAUGUUGCCGUGAAAUUAAGUGACAAAUAGUAGUGUUCUUGAAAAACCCGUGUAUAUUUCUUUGUUUUGAAUUAAGAUCUUGAAAUGGGUGGUAACUGAAUGUAAAGGCGUCAUGGAGGUACAGGUUCACUAACGAGGUAAUUCACAGUCGCCUGCUAAUUACCUAACUACAAGAACUGCUCUCCCAGUGUGGGGCCUUGACCAGUUGAAGCACGCUGCAAGUAUUCUGAGCCAUACUUGCAACCAGACGGCGGUUGUACAACCCAAGAAAGAGUUGAACUCAUGGUCAGAAACCGCUGCCAUGUUGAGGAGGAGCACUGCCCAUUACUCUGAGGUCCCGGAUGACGUGACCACGCUGACACCUGUCCUCACUGGCAUGGACUUGCUCGUGGACUGCUGCUUCACGGACAACGACUUCGUUGCUCUGGGUAGGGAUUUAAGGUAGUCAAGGGACAAAUACGCAGUAUUUAUUACCGCUCCUUACAUCGGGCAACUUUUAACCUUCAGAACACCUUUGUGAAGAUUCUGGUUACAGAGCUGUAGCUUUGGUUGUAGAAUGACUGUUAUAUUCAGCAUUGGCCUACUUUAUCAGAACGGUGCCAUUAAUCCUCUCACAGACAAGUAAGGUAGAUAGUAGUAAAUUGGAUUUGGCAGAUGAUUAUCUGUCUCUAGGCUUCGAUUUCCUCCAGCUACUUGUUCAGUGAUUCUAACUGAUGCCAUUAUACAUUCUUGGUCUCAUUUUUUUCUUAAGAGAUCUUGCCAUGGCAGCAAUUUGUUAACUACAUUUACACAACUUGAGACACAUUAGGCUUAAAUUUAUAUUAGGCUUCAGAGUAAAUGGAAGUGUUUUUAUUUUCCAGUAGUAAUUGGUGGAUUCCAUUUGAACCAAUUACCUACCAGCAUUCAGAUAGGGUAGAUUUGGGUCAACUUUAGGUGGCUUAGGCCCCAGGCUGUUGAUCUUCAGUAUCCUAGAACUGAGAGAGUCUUCCUUCCCUUCCAUACAUACACUUCUCACACACCUCUAGUCUAUGCUUCCCUGAAACAGUAACAUGCUAGUUGGGUUGUUUACAAAGUUGUUUUCUAAGGGCCUGGUGGUGUGGGUAAGAACUAAAACCUUUUAUGUUCUUCAGUACAAGGGAAAAGGCAGAGAGGCACUUGGCCUGAGUAGGCAGAAAACGCUAGGAUUUCUUUUUUCUUUUUUUUGACAGGCAGAGUGGACAGGGAGGGAGGGAGAGAGAGAGAGAGAAAGGUCUUCCUUUGCCGUUGGUUCACCCUCCAAUGGCCACCACGGCCGGUGCACUGUGCCUAUCCGAAGGCAGGAGCCAGGUGCUUCUCCUGGUCUCCCAUGGGGUGCAGGGCCCAAGCACUUGGGCCAUCCUCCACUGCCCUCCCGGGCCACAGCAGAGAGCUGGCCUGGAAGAGGGGCAACCGGGACAGAAUCCUGCGCCCCGACUGGGACUAGAACCCGGUGUGCCGGCGCCGCUAGGUGGAGGAUUAGCCUAGUGAGCCGCGGCGCUGGCCGAAAACGCUAGGAUUUCUUCAGCAAUCCUGAAAUACUGAUGGUCUUCUGCCUGGCCACACAAGCCACUGUGUGCUUUAAGACCGCCUGGAAACCUCAGGUGUGUGGACAGCACAGGCGGGAUGGCCCUUCAUGCUUCCUGAGGCUCCGCUCCACCAGUGCUUCACUGUCAGCCCAAGUCCAUGCUACCUCCUGUCCUGCUGCCGGGGGACGUGUCUGCUGGCGCUGGCGCUCCUGCCCUCGCAGGUGACGGGCCUCACUUCAGGGCUUCCGCACGCAGUGGCUGAAGCAGGUCUACGGUGCAAGGACUCUUACCUGGGGCUCUCAGAAGUGUACACACUUAGCUAACUUGUUUCCUGCUUGUGCUAAAAGAAACGUGGCUCUCUCUUGAGGCCAGGACUUGGUGACUAGUUUUCAUUAGACAGCAGGUUAAUACCUAGAUUUUUUUUUUUAUAGAAAGGAUUAAAGGGAACCGAUUAGGUUUGCUGAGUUUUUAAGCCUAAUUCCAAAACAUGGACGAGUACUCUAGGUAAGAAAGAAAUCUUUCACUUACAUGAUUUGUAGCUACCUACUGUGCCUGACUUGGUGCCUGUGUGAGGAUUAAGCCCUUAGUCUGCCCUUGCAAUUAUUCAAAUGACUGAAGUUUAAAAAUUUUGCUUUUGUAAUAAUAAAAAUUGUCAUCUUCCAUUUUGAA